GAUGACAUUGUGCAAACUCCACAAAUGAAUCCCCCGCCAGUCCCAAGUAGCGCCAACGUUCCGAAUGAUAUAUUGCAAACCAGUUGCAGUGAAACUUCAUUUGUAAGGCCACAACGUGCUGCCAAAUUGAAAUCAGAGAAGAACCUAAAGGAACCGAGACUUAACAAUAAAUUACGUCGUCCGAGCAGUUGCGAUACCAGUAUGGUGACGCUAGAGCAUGAACAACGUCCUUCACAAAUGCAUCAAGUUGAUGAAGCAUCAGCACCUAACAGGGAUAGUACCAAGUCUACUGCGAGCGUCGGAUCUGAAGAUUCGGUGGUGGCCAUUCCAAUGUUGUUGCAAUAAGGAGAACACGCGGUUAAACGUCUAAGCAUGACGUCUAAAAUCCUGACGCGUCUACUAGAGAAAGCAGACCACGAUU